AUCCUUGAUCCGUAUGGCAUUUGGAGCAACUCCAGUAAAUAAUGGUAAAUACGUGGUAAAUAUGGAUGCACGUGAUGCACGAGAAGCGGGGUGAGAAUUUAAAAGAAAUUUUUGAUCAGUGUGGGCUGUGACGUUUCUAAACGUCAUUGGCAUGAACUGUCACUUAAUUUGUUUCGGUCUGCGUUUUUGAAAAAGAUCCGGAUGGAGCAAAAAGUAAUCCGGAAUUUAGCAAGGACUGGAGCCGGGAGCUGAGAAAUUCGGUGCUGUGUGCAAACGAACGCCCCAAGCAAGACUAAAGGCUAUACAUUUUUUUCCUUCGAAACAUGGAAUAGAAAGCCACGCAUCCCGCCGCAAACUUUUAACUUUGACACUUGCUCAAGUGAAGUAUUUAAUCAAGAAUGACCGAGAUCUUGACCGAGAUGCAGCCUUGCGGCCAGUUGGUUGGCCAUUCCGGCUGUCUCACUCAGAUCGCGAACGACUCCAAGUACACGGACAUUGUCCUGUCCUUUUCGAACGACAUGACCCAGAUCUUGUGGAAGCUAACCCGGGACGACGCCAACUACGACAUCCCGCAGAAGCGUCUGACUUUAGACGGCAACAACGCCAUGUCCGAUUCCAGGGACAAGACCUUCCGGCUGUGGGGGUUGGCCGCUGUCGGGUCGACCGCAGCUCCGGAAAAAAUGCUAAGGAGGCAAGGUUGUCAUAUUUAUUUGUAGGUUGUUCAUAUUGCAGCGACCUCAAAUUUAAAUCAUUAAAUUUGUCCAUUUUUCGAACCUCACCACAGUUCUGACCAUGCGCGCUUACGCAAGCAUAAAUAAUUUUACCCGUCGACUCGCGUUGCGCGACAAAUAAUUAAGCUUAUGUACAGGUGUGGAUCAUGAGUCAUCCUCACCUGAAAAGCCCUUUAUUAAAUUUCGCCAAUUGUUAGGCAAUCAAAAAAAUGGUUAAGCUUUCAAUUAUGAAUGUGCGAUGUUUUUCCACAGGGGAAAUUGAGGGUGUGGCUUAACCAAAUUCAUUGGCAUGUUUGUUCAAUGGAGAAUUCGACCUUCUCAUUAUUGGCCAUCAUUUUUGAGAAUGUUUUAGGAACAUAAUUUUGAUAUUCCAAUAACAUAAUUUAAAGUUUCACGACAAUGGUUCGAACCCAUGACUUCCGAUUUUGAGGUGUACUCACUACACCAUACGGAAAGUCAUGAAGAAUUGCAGAGGUCUGCAUAAUUUAAUUCAUGAGGUUCAUCGAUGCUUCUCAUCGAAACGGACCACUUUUAGCAGAACAAAAUUUAGUAGAGUUUUCGGGGACUGACUAUAAAAACCCCAAAAUUCUUGAGGAGGGCAGUUAGUUCCAGUUAGUUCCAGUUAGUUCCAGUCAGUUCCAGCCAGUUCAAGCCCAGUCCAGUUCCAGAUCCUGAAGAAGCCCCAGACCAGCCGGACCCGCCAGCAGCCACCAGUAGCAGAGGCCCCAGUCCAGCCGGACUUAGCGGUGGAGGCCGCAGUCCGCCGGGACUUAGCCGCUGUGAAGAGUCCGCCGGGACUUAGCCGCUGUGAAGAGUCCGCCGGGACUUAGCCGCUGUGAAGAGCCGUCGGGACUUAGCCGCAGUGAGGAGUCCACCCGGGACUUAGGAGUUCGGGGUCUGGCAUGGCUCGGCGAAGAGGUCUGGAGGACAAGUCUGGCUUCAACAUAGAGAAUUGGCUCGACGAAGGUCUUAAUGAAAUUAGCAACAAAUAGUUGAGUGAUGUGAUCGUGCGCGUAAAAGUUGAGAGUGUUACCGCAAAAAUGUAA